AUGAAUAUUAUAGCCGAGCUGAAUGACUAUCAGAAAAACAUAUGCCUAGAGUUUAUUCUAAUCAAGUAUCUUGGAACAAAUAAAACCAAAGGCAAUGAUAAAAUCGACGUGUGGUUGGUUGGAGACGAAAGUGGAACAAUAGAGUUUGGAGUAUGGAACUGCUCUUUAAGCCCGGGAGAUGUAAUACAUUUGUCUGGGGGAUAUACAUCGUUAUUCCAAGGAAAGAAACGACUCUUUAUAUCCAAAACUGGAUGGAUUAACCGAGUGAGAACUUUCAGAAAGAUAUUCAAAGUAAGUGAAUGCCAUGAAGAAAUACUUAAAGAGUUUUCAGAAUGA